UCUGCUGACUGCAGCUCAGAGGAGGACUGGAAACUGAAAGUUGUUGGCACAACUUCAUGCGUGAUUUUUUUGAAGCGGAUUCCUCACUUGGAGAUCUUGGACUGAACCGGCUGCGCACUGAAUAUGCUUCGUCACAUCUGGCGUUCACGCUUUUAUUUCCACAGAAUUAGUUUUUAAGAUCAAAUUAAAGCAAAACGAGACACAAAAAAGUGUGUAAAUGUGAAUAUUUAUCAGUUUCUCCUUUUUUUGUUAAAGUAUUAUUGUGUUGCCUCCUCGUCACCUCCACUUUCUCCUGAGGGGCCUUAUUCAUUAGUGAGCACAAUCUACUUCAUCAGGUUACACGCGCGGAGCUACGUGACUCCACUCAUUCUCCGCGCUACUAAACCGGGAGCAGAUGACUUGGAAAUUCCCUGGCAGCGAGUUUUUUUCUGUUUGUUUCUGUUUCUGAGUAUUUUGGGACUUUUGUUGGAUCUUUUUUUCCUGUGUGUGGGAUUUUUUUUCCGCCGCUAUCUCCAUCGGGAGCCAUCGCCACUCUCCACGCAAAGACGUCACGAAAUGUUACUGGGUUUUGUCAUCGGGACUGUGGUGGCGCUUUAUCUGCAGUUCUCACCUGCACAGAGUCUUCCCUUGGCAAGUAUAAACAGUACAAUGGAAGUGCUUGUGUUUGAAAAAGUUUGGGGUCGCAGCUUUUGCCGCACCAUUGAGAAGCUGGUGGAGGUGGUGCAGGAAUACCCAUCGGAAGUGGAGCACAUCUACAGCCCCUCCUGCGUUCCCCUGGUGAGGUGCGCUGGCUGUUGCGGAGAUGAGAACCUGGAGUGUCAUCCCACUCAAACCACAAACGUUACCAUGCAGCUUUUGAAAAUCAGGCCAUCAGAACAAGGUCAAGAAUAUGUUGAGAUGACGUUUGUGGAGCAUCAAACAUGUGAAUGUAGAAUCAGGAAACCUGUUGUGAAGGUUCCAAAGAAAAGGCGAAGAGGAAGAGGAAGGAAGAGGAAGGAGAGACAAAAAAAGAAGGAAUGUGACAGGUGCCAGAUUCCUCGCAGGUAACUGCAGUGGCGACCCAACCCCCUGUUGCAGUGUGGCUCACUAUUUGUUUCCAGCCCAGUGGGAGCAUCAAGAGUCUCCUUCACUCAUCUAUCAAUACUGUGUCUGCAGCCAGAGACUCAAACAGCUGGGUUGAUUUGCUGACAUGCCCUUACGCUGAUGGGCAGGGUGUUUUUGUAACGACAAGGUUCAACAGGAAGUGCGUUUUGACUGAUGGAAACACUGCUGUUACAAGCCCGAAACAAUGGACAUCCCUGGGAGCCAGUGCAAUGUAGAACCAAACAGACUGAUGUCUUCUUUUUAUGCUAGGUAUUACUGUAUCAGUUAUUAUUUGUCAAAUCCUUUGGUAUUUAAAAGAAGGUUACACAUGUAAAAAAGAAGAAAAAUCUAUAUUUAUUAAUAUAGUUGGACCAGAGAACACCUUGUGGACUUGAUGUGCAACUUCUUUGUACAUGCGAUAAGGAAAUGUCUCCCUCUAGUGUUUAUGGAAAGUGUUUUUAAACCUCUAUAUUAAAGUAUUUUGCAAUCAGAUCAUCAUCAUAUCUGAGAUCUGUUCCAAAAGCCAUUGUUGCGUAAUUGCUUGGCCUGUAUAAAUCAAACUCUUUAACAGCAUCAUGUGACCUGAAUGGGAAAACAACAUUUAGCAGAAAUGUUUAUAAAGCGAAGAUUUUCACAAAACUUCAAACUUUCCAUAUUUAUGGAAUCCAGCAUACAGAUGUUCUCCUAACAAGAGGCUAAUCUUGAUUAUCUGGCUCACCUAUCUGAAAUGAACAUAUGGAUGCACAGUGGGUGUGGCAAAAUCAACGGCAACUGGCGCAUUUGUGUUAAAAUAAUUAAUACACAAGUUCGAGUAGCACACAUGUUGUUUUUGCAAGAGUAGAAAUUGCUCAUUUCAAUUUUUUCUUUUAAAAUUUUGAUCAAAACAUUCUCGGAUAUUUCAGCUCGCCCAUCAUGCAUUUCCAACUCAGGAACAAAUGCCCAUGCGUUGCUUGUUUAGUCGCUCACAGUAGACAGGUUGCAGUUCUAUGACAAUACAUGAGCCUUCAGGAGGGUAUUUGAGGUAUGCAGAUUGAAUUCAAUACUGUACAGAGGGGCAGUGCACAUCAGGGGGUUGGACCCAAUUUUUGGCAAACCACUCAUUUUUUCUCGAGUGUCAGUCACAAGGACAUAACAUACGGUGCACGUUCAAUGAUACACUACUUCACUCUGCCUGUGCCUAUACUUGAAACGUAUCAAGGACCAUACAACUAAUACCCACAAGGCUUCCUUGGAAUGCCGUGGAUUAUUUGGUGUGGUAUGUUUCUUACUGUGGUGUAAGCAAAUAAGUGAAAUGUGAAUUCAGAUUUAAGUAUUCCAGUGGGAUAUAUCCAGUCAUCCAUUGUCUUAUCUACUUGUCAAAGUCAUGGUUGUGGAGGAGGCUCGAGCCUGCCUGUCGCUGACCUUGGGCAGGAAAGAGGGUACACUCCAGACAGCUUGUCGGUGUGUCUACGGAAUACAAAUUCUUAAAGUUGGAAUUUUAAAAAAGUGCCAUGACAGGUUAAAAGUAAUUGCAUUGUAUGGAGUGCUGCAGCAACAGGGGAAAGCUUGAAUACAAAUUAUUUUUGCUUUUUAUAGCCGUUAAAACAUCAUGUAAGCCCUCAAAAUCAUUUUUUAUUAGAUUCCAAGCUUGAGCUCCCACAUGUAAAAGCAUUAGUUACAGUCUCAAAUGUUCAUCCCAUAUGCUGUGUGCAGCUGAACAGCACAACCUUGUGUCCAACUGGUGACUCAACAAUCCCACACCACAGGUGUCAUCCUCUGUUUCUAGAAACACUGCAACAUGGAAGGGAUGAAGUGACGUAGAUAUGUUAUAUGGCGUUUGUUUGUUUGUUUUUAUUUUUUCAUGUACCACAUAAAGAAAAUCUAUGAAAAUGUAAAAAUAGCAUUUUGACUG